AUGGCAGGCAUCUUGUCAACUGUGAUGAUUGGAGCACUGGCAUUGGUGGUAGUCCGAUACCGCUAUGCACUAUUCUUCUCAACAUACCUAUUGUUCAUCUUCUCAGCCAUUGCACUGAGUGAUGUUAUAAUGACUGUAUCAAUUCCACUCUUACUUCUAUCACGUAACCUAUUCAGGAAGAUAACAAACAAGAUAUCAAACACAGGUUGGCCAUUGUUCACAUUGGCUUUUGAGGUACUUGGAAGGAACAAGUUGAUAUUCACUGGCGAUGACUUGUUGGCCGCACAAAAGACUGAUCGCAAUGCAUUGGUGGUACUCAAUCAUACUUAUCACUGCGAUUGGUUGCUAUCCUUCAGUCUUGGCGAGCGUCUCGGACGCAUUGGCAACAUCAAGAUCGCCAUGAAGGACGUGAUCAAGUACAUCCCAUUCGUUGGAGUGGGAAUCUGGGCCAUGGGCUUCAUAUUCCUGUCGCGUCGCUGGCAGGACGAUCAGAAAAAGAUCAACAAGGCCUUUAGUCACUUGAAGCAGGAUGGUGAGCCAUUCUGGUUCGUCACACAUCCCGAGGGCAGUCGUCUCUCUCCCAAGAGCCUGGCCGAAUGCCAACGAUUUGCUCGCGAGCGCGGCAACGUGCCAUUGCUCGAGAACAUCCUAUUGCCACGACUCAAAGGCUUCGUGUCGUCUGUUGUGGCGCUACGCGACGAGACCGACGCCAUCUACGACAUGACGGCAGCGUAUGCCAAGCCACCCGGUGGAUUCAUCCAGAUGUUGUACGGCAAUCACCCAUCACAGAUACAUAUACAUUUGCGUCGCUUCGACAUGGCCAAGCUGCCCAAGGACGAGGCCGAGGUUGGCACGUGGCUAUACAACCUCUACAAGGAGAAGGACGACCUACUCAAACAUUUCAAGACGCAUGGACACUUCCCCGGCGCCCAACUCACGCACAUGAUGGAGUACCGUGCCUCCAAGUACAUCCUCAACAUGGUAAUGUGGAGUGUGGCCGUGGCCAUGUUCAUGUACUCCUCUGUACAAUUGUAUUAUUGGUCGUUUGGAUUGUAG